AGCAGAUCAUGUUCGAUCCCUGAACAACGAAUACCUCUUGUUUCAUCAACCUCAUCUCCACUUUGAGCAAACAAUGAUCAACGUUGAGUUUCAAAACCUUUUCAUACCGACUCUCCUAUGCCUUUUCUCACUCCUCUGUUUCGUUACCUUCUUCUCCAAGAAACCAAAGGAUAGCUCUGAUUUGCCUCCAAGCCCUCCUUCCAUGCCAAUCAUUGGUCAUCUUCACCUUCUUCUCUCUUCUCUAAUCCACAAGUCUUUCCAGAAAAUCUCAUCAAAGUAUGGACCUCUCCUCCAUCUCCGCAUCUUUAACGUCCCUAUACUCCUCGUCUCCUCAGCUUCAGUGGCUAACGAGAUAUUCAAGUCCCAUGACGUUAACAUCUCCUCUCGAGGUCUCCCUCCCAUCGACGAGUCCCUCUUUUUCGGAUCUUCAGGCUUCUUCUCCGCUCCACAUGGAGAUUACUGGAAGUUCAUGAAGAAGAUCGUUGUCGCUAAGCUUCUUGGCCCGCAAGCAAUAGAACGGUCAAGAGCCCUCCGUGCAGAGGAGGUAGAGAGGUUUUACUUUGAACUGCUCGAGAAAGCGAUGAAGAAUGAGACCGUUGAGAUCCGUAGAGAAGCCAUGAAGUUCACUAACAACAGCACAUGCAAGAUGAUAAUUGGGAGGAGGUGUUGGGAGGAGAAUGGUGAAGGUGAGAGAGUCAGGGGUUUGAUUACUGAAUCGAUUGCCUUGACUAAGAAGGUUUUAUUUGCAACCUUGCUGCGCAAGCCACUUGAGAAGCUAGGGAUCCCACUUUUCAAGAAAGAGAUAAUGGAUAUUUCUGAUAGAUACAACGAGGUGCUUGAGAGCUUUCUUGUGGAACACGAAAAGAAUUUAGAGAAGCAUCAUCAAGGUAAGGAUUUGAUGGAUGUGUUGUUAGAAGUUAAAGGAGACGAAAACUCAGAGUAUAAGAUCACUAGAGAUCACAUCAAGUCCUUGUUUGUGGAGCUUUUCCUUGGAGGUACUGACACAUCAAAGCAAACAAUACAGUGGACAAUGGCUCAAAUCAUUAACAACUCUAAGGUUAUUGAGAGAUUAAGAGAAGAGAUGGACUGUGUUGUAGGGAAAUCAAGGUUAAUUCAAGAAAAUGACCUACCAAACCUCCCUUACUUGCAAGCUGUAAUCAAAGAAGGGCUAAGAAUGUAUCCACCGGUACCUCUCUUUGGAAGGAGGCUUCAAGAAGGAUGUAAGAUGGGAGGGUUCUAUGUCGCGGAGAAGACUACACUUGUGGUUAAUGGUUAUGCUAUCAUGAGAGAUCCUAAUUACUGGGAAGAUCCUGAUGAGUUUAAGCCAGAGAGGUUCCUAGCAUCUUCAAAAACAAGAGGGAGAGAGGAAGAGAUAGGAGAGCAAGUGCUUAAGUAUCUUUCUUUCGGGAGUGGUCGGAGAGGAUGUCCUGGAUCGAAUCUAGCUUAUAUCUUUCUAGGAACAGCUAUUGGAAUGAUGAUUCAGUGUUUUGAUUGGAGAAUCAAUGGAGCUAAGGUUAACAUGGAAGAGACUCUUUCAGGAAUGGUGUUGACAAUGGCUCAUCCUCUUAAGUGCACUCCUGUUCCUCGAAUCUGUUGUAGCUUCCCAGUUCGUCACUGAUCUCUCAUUAGUCAUUACCUUAUAACUUAAGUGUUUGUAUGAUUGUCUUUUUUUUUUUUUUGCUAAAAAUGUUUGUAUGAUUGUUAAAAAUUAGUAAUAUAAAUAAGGAAUCUCUGUUAAGUGUCC